CCAGAAGAGGUUUUACCAAACAGACAGAUCCCCGCAUCAGUUUGCUAGCAGUAGCCGCUACAUGCUUCUAUUUUCCCGGAGAUACUGAACCGUCCGAACGCCAUCAUGUCUUCAAGGACUCUGCCGCUGCUCUUCAUCAACCUCGGCGGGGAGAUGCUCUACAUCCUGGACCAGCGGCUGCGAGCGCAGAAUAUCCCCGCUGAUAAAGCUAAGAAAGUUUCCACAGUAGUUGGCUGGAUAGAGGAGGACAGAAGGAGAGUUAUGAAUGACAUCAUCACCACCAUGUUCAACAAAAAGUUCCUGGAGGAGCUUUUCAAGCCCCAGGAGCUUUACUCCAAGAAGGCCCUGAGGACUGUGUUUGACCGGCUGGCCCACGCAUCCAUCAUGAGGCUCAAUCAAGCCAGCAUGGACAAGCUCUAUGAUUUGAUGACCAUGGCUUUCAAGUACCAGGUGCUUCUAUGUCCCCGACCGAAGGACAUCCUCCUGGUGUCCUUCAACCACAUGGACGCCAUCAAGGACUUUGUGAAAGACACUCCCAGCAUCCUCAGCCAGGUUGAUGAGACUUUUCAACAGCUCAUAGAGAUGUACACGCCCCUAUCCAGUGGUGAAUUCCAGCUGAUUAGACAAACUCUUCUAAUCUUCUUCCAAGACAUGCACAUAAGGGUUUCCAUUUUCCUUAAGGACAAAGUACAGAACUCCAAUGGCCGCUUUGUUCUUCCCACCAGUGGCCCAGUGCCUUACGGGACACAAGUCCCAGGCUUGAUAAGGAUGUUUAGCUGUACAGGGGAAGAAGUGAACAGGCUGCAGUUCACUAAUGGAGGAAACUACACUGCAGCUGUCCGGGAAGGGUCUUUUGAGAUCUUUGGAGACAGGGUAACCAAACUUGGCACAAACAUGUACAGUGUAAGCCGUCCGGUGGAAACCCACAUGUCGGGAACAUCUAAAAAUUCUGCCCAGCACACAAAGGUGAAUGCUGCUCCAAACCCUUUGGCCAAAGAGGAGCUGAAUCUUUUGGCCAAGUUAAUGGGAGGCUUAGAAGUUCAGAAAUCUGGAAACACAGACAGUGGUUUCCGAGUCAACCUUUUUGCUACAGACGAGGAAGAAGAAGAGGCAUUAAUAUCAAGACCAGAUGAGCUGUCAUGUGGAAUCAUAAAUAUUCAAGCAACAAAGGACCAACAGGCCAAUGCUGAGCUGGCAAAGAUCAUGGGAGAGUUCACAGAGUCUGGGGAUCAGUCUCCCAGCGCCAGCAGCAAAGGAGAUGACCUUCUGGCCAUGAUGGACGGCCUGUGAUGCGUCACCCAGAUGGAAAUGUCCAGGGGAUGGAAACACUGACUGCUCCCUCUGCCUGUACCUGCAGAGAUACCGCAGAAACCUCACACGCAGCCAGAAAAACCCUCGUUUUUUUUUGGUGCUUUUAAAGCUCACAUGUGAGUAGGUGUUUCAGCUGGUUGUCAAAUGAUCCACAGCAAGACAUAACAAUAUGGCAUCAUUAGCCUAGCUACAGUAGGUUGUUUGCUGUAAACAGAGGAGUUUCAGUGCAUCAUGAUAAACACUAGGACCAUAUCUCUGUGUGUGUGUGUGUGUGUGUGUGUGUGGUAACUGCGAUGCAUCUGCUUGUAUGACGUCAGGUUUUGUUUGUUUUCUUUAAUCUGACUCAGAUGCUACAGUGAAUACACGUUCCACAUAUUUUCAUACAAGAUUUGUGCUUUAGAUGUCCUCUGCUCCAAAUCAGUGUUUGGGCGUCAUACGCAAUUUUUUCCACUGACCAAAAUUUUUGAAAGUAAGAUUUUUCCCAAUAAGUGUUGUGUAUUGUAAGAAACAAGUGAUGAAAUGAUGCUGUGUAGGAAGAGGAAACCUAAGUGCUCUUUCUAUCAUGACCAGAAUUCCCUCAUGAGUUAUUUUUUAAGAUAUUGUAUACAGCACUGUGCUACACAUUUUAGACAGGUGUGGGAAGUGCUGUAAAGUAAGAAUGCUUUCACAAAUAUAAGUCUUAUUGUUUAUUAAUGUAUUAUUUUGUCCAUUUACAAAAUGCUUCUUUGCAAUCUUUGCCUGGGAGAGACGUUGCUGGUGUAGUAGAACUACCCUGUGUCCUGCUGCUGUACUCAGUCUUGCCAUGUGUAUGAGCCGUGAUAUGAAACUGCCUUCCCCCGCCUCUCCUUGGCAGCAGAGUCUGACUGUUUCUCACCCAGUUGUCACCCUUCCUCAGAGCUGUUUCUGUUUCACGUAUUGACUGUGUUUCCACCUUCAUAUGAAAAUGACGAUCAUUAGCACCUGUUUGGUAUAAUUGGUUAAUUGAAUAGAAUCCUACAAAAUCCCUGACAAUGUGCUAGACGUCAUGCUGGUCCAAAGGGAAAGGGUAUUUUGACCAAAAUAUUGAUUUGAUAUAGUAUAUUGAUAACAAAUAAACAAUUAGAAUUUAUAUUUGUGAACACAUUCUUACUUUAUAGCACCUAAAACUCCAAAAACGUGUGUGUGCACACUCAUCUGAUAUCAUGAUGUCCUACUUUAAAAAUGGCUAGAGAGGCAACCUGUGAAAAUGUACAUGAUCAUAAUAGAGAACAAUGCAAUACAGGGAAUUGUCUAAAGUGUAAAUAUGUUUAUUUAACACUUAAUUUAUUUCUGUGUUUCAUUUCCUGUUUAUAAGGAAGUGCACAUUGCUGCGAUCGUCAAAUUGUUUAAUGUGCAAUGUAGGAUUUUUUAAAUAAAUUGUUAAAUAUUAAGUUUCAAAACAA